AUGGCGGCUAUGACUAAUUUGGCAAAUACUAUGCAAGCUAACGUUGUUGCGACCAUGCAAGCCAUGGAAAGGAUGGGUCAACCGGCUGGGAACGGUAAUGGAAACGAGAACGAAAAUGGGAAAGGAGAUGGUAAUGACUUGGGAGGUUCUUCGAUGACUUUGGCUUCAUUUCUCAAGGUUCAUCCACCAACUUUUAGGGGUUCGACCAACUCCACUGAAGCGGACAAUUGGUUUCGAGCUAUGGAGCGUGCACUACAGGCUCAGCAUGUCUCAGCUAACCAAUAUGUAGAGUUUGUGGCCUAUCAACUGUUAGGAGAGGCACAACAUUGGUUGCAAGGAGAGUGCCAAUUACUGCGACUUCCGAAUGUAGAGAUUCCUUGGGACAUGUUUCAAAUAGCGUUCUAUAGGAAGUAUUUUCCAGAAUCAGUGAGAGAAGCUAAGGAGUUAAAGCUUAUGCAUCUAAAGCAAGGCUUGUUGUCUGUGGCCAAUUACACUAGAGGUUUGAGGGAUACCAUUAUGACUGCUAUGGCACCUUUGGAGAUUAGGGUAUUUUCUGAGCUUGUGAACAAAGCAAAGGUGGUGGAGGAUUGUGCUAAGAAGGUUGAAGAACUAAGAUUGAAAAUGUCAGAAUUAGCUUUUGACUUGCAUGUGUAUACCCCAUAUCAAACGGUUGUGACAAAGUUAGGUUGUAGGCAAGUAUCUUUCAAGCUUGAGUAUAGAGAGUUUGUUCAUGAUUUGAUUUGUUUGCCAAUGGUUGGGUUGAAGAUAACUUUGGGAUUUGAUUGGUUAUCAAAGAAUCGGGUUUUGUUGGAUUGCUUUGAGGGAUCAAUUCGGUUUUUGCCGAAAUGGAAAGGUGGAGCAGUGGUAGCUGAGGGUUAUUACCUUAACUCUGUGUUGACCAGUGUCGAUUUUGCUGUACCGAAUGGCUUCGAUAGAGUUUGCAGAAUUAAAGACUCAGUUGGAACAGCUUACGGGGGAGCAACGAUUUUAUUGGUAAAGAAGAAAGAUGGGGGAAUGCGACUUUGCAUGGAUUAUCGGCAAUUAAACAAAGUGACUGUGAAGAACAAGUAUACGUUUCCUAAGAUAGAUGACUUAAUGGAUCAGUUGCAAAGAGCUGGGAGUAUUUGUCCCUUUUUGGAUAAGUUUCUGGUGGUAUUCAUAGAUGACAUUCUGGUUUACUCUAAAACGGCGAAGGAGCAAAAAGAGCAUCUGAGGAUUGUACUGCAAGUUUUGAAGGAGCAAAAAUUGUAUGCUAAGUUGUCCAAAUGCGAAUUCUGGAAGGAGAAAGAAAGUUCUUAA